UCAGAUCCCAUAUCUAAGUAGAAAGUAUUCGGUCUUUAUAAUUUAAUUGACGUCUAUAUAUUUCGAAUUUAGAAUUAUUUAAUUGGAGUAAGGCUACAUUUUCACUGGGCUAGCACUAAGGUGGUAAAGAAAGGCUACUUCGAAAAAAAUCAGAUAUAGGCUAUAUAGCCAACUGUUUUGGAGGGAGAGGAUGCCUUGUUCUCGAAAUUAAAAUAUUAGAGGCGGCAAAUGCGAUUUUGGGCCCCAAAAUGAUCCAAUAAAUAUGCAACCCAGCGCGCCGCCUUCACUGAGCAGCGAGAUUCCCUCUCCUCUUCCCCAUCCCCCCACAAAAAAAGCCCUCAUACUCCAUCUCCCUCAAUUCCUCUCCCUCGUGUAACCAAGAAAAAUCCCUCUCUCCUUUCGCCAACCCCGGAGGUCAACAUUGCAAAAGGCUUUUGAAGUGAAGCUCCAUUGCCGGUCUUUCUUCACCGACGAAGAGAUCAGGGCCGGAUUUAACACGGAUUCGAAGCAGAGAGAGGAUGGCCCUCACAGCAGAGAUGCCGCCGGAGAAGAAAACCACCUCACGCCAAGAGGAGGAUCGAAUCAGCCAGCUCCCAGAGGAAAUCCUCCUCCUCAUCCUCUCACAUCUGAGUAUGGAAUCCGCGGCCGCCACCACUAUCCUCUCCAAGAGGUGGAGGCACCUCUUCUACUUCCUUCCCUGCCUCAAAAUCGCCUCCUUCUACGAUCGUGGGAGGUCAUCACCAGAUAGCGUUGCCCGCGAGUUCGCCACCAUCUUCGAUGUCCUCCGCUCCCGCCGCUGCCCCCUCAAGUGCUGCGAACUUUCCAUCUCAUUCCGUGAACAAUUUGACGGAGAUAUGCAUCGCAUCAUGCAUCUGCUUUGCGAGGAUGGCCUCGAAGAUCUAUCUAUUGCCAACUAUGGGAAAGACCCCUAUAGGAUAUCCUCCCACAUGUUCUCCUGUAGAACGAUCAACAGCCUGUACCUGUACAAGUGCAGUUUAUCAGCCCCCUCCGACUUCACCGGCCUCCGGAGCCUCCGAACCCUCGAGCUCGAUGAUGUGGUCAUGACCGACGAGCAGUUCGAGAUGAUGGUAUCCGGCUGCUGGGCCUUAGAGAAUCUGAUUGUUUACAAUGGCUACCAGGUCAAGAACCUCGUGAUAUGUUCCAGGAGGCUCUCCAGGUUGGAGGUCAUCACCCACAGGCCCCUCGGCAUUCUCGUAGAGGAGGCCCCGUGCUUGGAUUCGGUCAGUGUCUCCUACUCCUACCACGAAGCAGAUUUGUACUGGAAGGACGUCGCCAACACUGAAUUUUAUCAUCCCGAGGGUGAGAUUGUGGAGAGCGAUAGCGAGGACAGCGAGGACAGCGAGGAUGAAGAAGUGAGCGAGAUCAACAGAUUCCUGUGGUUACUGGUGGGGCUCGGCCACACUAAGACCCUUAAACUGGUAUUCGAUACUGAAGCUGCCGAGUGCUUGGAGUUCCAAGGGCUAUUACUUGUCAGUUUGCCUUCCAAACAUCGCUUGAUCCAGUUGAAGAAGCUAGAUCUGAAAAUGCACUUCAAUGGCAAGUAUCUUGCUUCGAUUUUAGUAUCCCUACUCAAUGGUUCUCCAAAUCUGCAAGAGCUUACAGUUGAGAUAGAUAAGUUCCAUGUAUACACUGAAAUCGUUGAGGCAGAUUAUUGGGAUAAACAGAUACCUUCUGAGUGUGUGCAGAAUCGGCUGAAGACUGCUACACUAAUCUUCUAUUAUAGGUUCGUGGAGGAUUGCAUUGGUUUUCCUAAAUUUCUGUUGAUGAAUGCAUGUGCUCUGGAAAAGAUGAGUAUCAAUUACACAUUGAAAAAAAAGGAAAAACCUUUAUUUUCACGCUUCCAGGAGGAACUGUUCAGCUUGCAAAAGGCUUCACCUGAUGCUGUAUUGGAGUUGACGCCUAUUGAUUAGGGUUAAUGCUUUUGGAAAAUGGGAAAAAAAAAACUUUUUGCUAUGUUUCUUACAUGCAGCCCACAUUUUAUCCAUCAUAGCCUCUUAGUACUUCUCUAUGGACUUGUAAGCUCUUUUCUUUUUUUAAUACCCCACCAUCACAUGUGCUGGAUGCUUCUUUUUUAGUUGUAAUGGAAGCUAUUACAUAGUACUACGGAGCUUGUAUACUUGUUUGUGCUUUGUUAUUGAGGUAAUCUUAUUUUUGGAGAAUAGUCAGCAUGUUGUGGAGGAUUUUUUUAUUUAUUUUUAUUUAUUUUUAUCUGCUUUGCUUCAGCAACAACACUUAAUAUUAUUUUCCAGGCUCAUUAGCCUGCUGGGUUUGUUGAAUGAGAAGCAGGUGCUCAGCAGAUUUAACGUUCAGAUUUGUUAAUGGAAGUGCAUAUUUUUUUUAGAGAAA